AUGCCCGCUGACAAGAAGGGAAAGGUUCUCCUCGCCUACUCUGGUGGUCUCGACACCUCGUGCAUCCUCGCAUGGCUCAUUGACGAGGGCUACGAGGUCGCUGCCUUCAUGGCCGACGUUGGCCAGGAGGAGGACUUUGAGGCUGCGCGCAAGAAGGCCAUGGACUGCGGUGCCGUCGGCUUCUUCCUCGAGGACCUCAAGAAGGAGUUCAUCGAGGAGCUCAUCUACCCCGCCGUCCAGGCCAACGCCAUCUACGAGGGCGUCUACCUUCUCGGCACGUCGCUUGCUCGUCCCGUCAUUGCCCGCGGCAUGAUGGAGGUCGCUAAGCGUGAGGGCUGCGACUUUGUCUCGCACGGUUGCACUGGCAAGGGCAAUGACCAGGUCCGCUUCGAGCUUGCCUUCUACGGCCUCGACCCUUCGAUCAAGGUCGUUGCUCCUUGGCGCGACCCCGUGUUCUACAACCGCUUCGCUGGUCGCUCGGCGCUCAUCGAGUACGCUGCGGAGAAGGGUAUCCCCGUCACCCAGACGCAGGCCAAGCCCUGGUCGACCGACGAGAACCUCUUCCACAUCUCUUACGAGGCCGGUAUUCUCGAGGACCCCGACACCACUCCCCCCGACGACAUGUGGAAGCUCACCACGUCGCCCCAGAAGGCGCCCGACGUUCCCGAGCUCGUCCAGAUCGAGUUCACCAAGGGUCUCCCCACCAAGGUCACCUACCCCAAGGACGGCACUGUUGUUACUGACCCGGUUGAGAUCUUCCUCUCGCUCAACGCCUGCGCUCGCCGUAACGGUGUUGGCCGUGUCGACAUUGUGGAGAACCGCUUCAUUGGCGUCAAGUCGCGUGGCUGCUACGAGUCGCCUGGCGCCACCAUCCUCCGUGUUGCCCACAUGGACCUCGAGGGCAUGACGCUUGACCGCAACGUCCGCGCCCUCCGUGACCAGUUCAUUACCAUUGAGCUGUCCAAGAUUCUCUACAACGGCUUCUACUUUUCGCCCGAGAGCGACUUUGUUCGCGCCGCCAUCCCUGCCUCGCAGAAGACGGUUAACGGUAUCGUCCGCCUCGCCGUCUACAAGGGCAACGUCAUCGUCCAGGGCCGUGACGCUGACGAGGGCCUUUACGACGCCAAGUUUUCGUCGAUGGACGAGCUUGGUGGCUUUGAGCCGACCGCCACCUCGGGCUUUAUCGAGAUUGAGAGCAUCCGCAUCAAGGCCUGGGGCAACGCCAACAAGAAGCGUGGCCAGGCCGGUCUCAGCCCCAAGGACGUGUACCACCGUGUUUAA